AUGCCACUUCACGAAGACCGGAGCUUUCCCGGCUUGCCGCUCCAGUUUCGUUUCCCACUGGCUCCUCCUCCGCCUCCGUCCGCCCCUCUCCGCGCUGCUGCCGGCCCCGGUCCCGGCUCCCGCUCCAGCUCCCGACUCCUGCUCCAGCUCCCGGUUCCCAAGCAGGCGAUGCUGCGGCGCUGCUCCCAGGGGUCGCCGGGCCCCGGGCCCCUCCGCCAAGCUCUGCCACCUUCGGCCAGCGCCCUCCGCCACCGCCUGCGCCAGUGCGCAGAGAGGAUCCCAGAGGCUGAAGCAGUACUCGACCUGCUGGAGAAAUGUCCAGAGCACCAGAAAAAGGGCGAUUUUCCCGUCAUAGUUUUUGAGGGGCUGGAUGCCACUGGCAAAACCACUGUGACUGAGGCUGUUAAGGACCACCUGAAUGGCAUUCUACUGAGGUCCCCACCACCUUGCAUCAGCCAGUGGAGGACUGUAUUUGAUGAUGAACCAACACCCAUUAAAAGAGCAUUUUAUGCUGCUGGCAACUACAUUCUUGCUUCAGAAAUAGCGAAAGCAUCCACUCAGGCACCUGUGAUCAUAGACAGGAGAUCACCAGGAUUCAGCCAUGGGAGCCCGCGAGAAUAUGACCUUUUGGUGCUGGCAGACACCUAG